AUGGAGUUUCUGCAGAAUCAUCACACGGUGAACACCUCCGAACCGCCGUACACCCUUGGCACAGGUGAGCCACAAUAUUCCUGGUUGCAAAAGAAUUUUUGGUUAUCAGAUGUAUCGUGACACGAGACUUAAGACAUCAAGGAACCAAUGAAAAGAUUUAUUUUAUUCUUGCCAUUGAAAGAAAAAUAUUUUAGAUGUAUCCUCGAUCAUUAUUCUUUAUUCUUGUUUAUGUCACCAGGAGUCUGUCUUUUGUGUGUUCUCCAUCAGAUUCUUACAUUUACAUUUAGUAUAGCGUCUUGGAAUUGAAGAUGAAAUUGGAUACUCCCCGUUUGACUUUCUUUCAUAUCUCUCCUCGACGGGAGAUCUUACUACGUUAGAUACCGUUACUCUGAAUUUUAUUUACCAGUUUUUUAACUCGUAUUACUCGUUUCAUUUGACAUAACCGUUCCCAUGUCCCUUCGAUUCGCAGGUUCGGUAGGAAGUAUCGAGGCCACCAUACCUUCCGGCCUGUGCACCGGACCUCUAGGUGUCCUAUCCAGCGAAGACACCUUAACAGAUAAUCAAAACGAAGAGACACUGGGUGCUCUACAGGGUACCCUUCGUCUCCAGGAUCUGCAAAAUUCUCCGGAAGACAUUGGUGGCGAUCAAACGCAACAGAUCCAAAAUUCUGGGCAAAACCAAGUGGUCAGCGAGUUUGGAGCAAGUUUCUGGGUCGACGACAUGGCUGGCUUUCCAUUGCCACCGCUGGACUUGGAUCCUUUACCACCUGGUCUCUUCAGUCCAUGCUCGGGGACCUACAAUUGGGGUUGCACCAGAGGAGAAUGCGCGCCAAGAACGAGCAAUACGAACGGGGAAGGUGUCGCAGACGUAUUACUAUCGUUGAAACAUGCUGUGGUCCAUCCCGGAAGUCCUACCGGUGGAUACUACUCCACAGGAGGAUCCAGUCAUCAUUAUUCCCAGGAUUACACGCAAAAUCUUGGCCCACCUGUACCACCUACGCAUUACGCAUCCACACCAGCCAUGUCUGUGAACGUUUCCAUGAACAUGACCAUGAACAUGAACAUGCACUCU